CGGGACGGCGGCGGGAGGUGCGCGCGCGCGCGCGCGAGGGGGUUGGAGCGGGCGCACGCCAGGGAAGGAAUCGCGGAAUCAGUCACAGAAUUGAUUAGGUUGGGAAAGACCUCUGAGAUCACCGAGUCCAACCUUUGACCGAACCACCAGCAUGUCAACAAGACCACAGCACAAAGUGCCACGUCCAGUCUUUUCUUAAACACCUCCAGGAACGGUGACUCCCCCAUCUCCCCGGGCGGCCCAUUCCAGUGUCUAAUCACCCUUUCUGUAUAGAAAUUCCUCCUAAUGUCCAAUCUAAACCUCCUCUGGCGCAGCUUAAGACUAUGUCCUCUCUUUCUCUCACUUGUAACCGGGGAGAAGAGCCCGACCACCACCAGGCUACGACCUUUCAGGUACUUGUAGAGAGGGAUAAAGUCACCCCUAAACCUCUUUUUCUCCAGGCUAAACAACGCCAGCUUCCUCAGCCGCUCCUCGUAGGAACUGUGCUCCAGACUCUGCCCCAGACUAGUUGCCCUGCUGAAGGAAGGAGCGGGCGGUGCGGGAGGAAGGGAGGCGGUUCGAAGCGGCCCCCGCCCGGGCAGGGCGGGCGUGACAGCCCAGGCUCGCUCCUUCCGGGAGCCGCUGGCUUGGAGUGCCCGCCCCCCUCCGCCCCCGCCGGUUCCGGCGGGGUUUGCGCGGAGCCGGGGACUGUGUCCCGCUGGGGAAGGCGUCUUUUGCCGGCAGGUCUUCGUGCCGUGGGGCGAUGUUGCCGCCGUGUUUCCGCCCCGACUCGGAGCUCGUGGCUCCCGCCGCCUGCACAGCACGGGCACGGGGGGUGGCAGGUGCCAGCGAAGGUCGCCCAGAGAGCUGCCGUGAUCUCCAUCCUUGCGGAUCUUCAAAAGCCGUCUGGACACUGCCCUAGGCAGCCGGCUGUAAGUGGUCCUCAGGUGGUCCCUCACUGGAGAUAUUCAAGGACUGCUUGGAUGCAACCCUGUGCCACGUGCUCUAGGACAACCCUGCUUGAGCAGGGAAGUUGCACCAGAUGGCCCACUGUGGUCCGUUCCAACCCGACCCAUCCUGUGAGUCUGUCCUGCUUGAUCAGCGGGACUGGAGAAGUUGACCUUCAGAGAUCUGUUCCAACCACAGACACACUGUGAUCCUGGGAAGGAGGGACCACCUUCCACAACACCAGAAGUUCAAAGCAUUCCAGUUUGUGUCCUGACAAGAACCAUGUGCAAGUGGCCCAGAUACAACAGAGUAGGUGGAGAGAAGCACCAUCACAUUGACUUGGCAACUUGGAGAACUCUCAGAGAUACAAGAGCUGGGCAUUGGACAGGCCCAGCCUCACAUGUUUAUUUUCUAGUAAAGGAUCUUGCCUCUAUACCAAUACACCUGAGAACCUCUACCAGUGUUCGUGGUGAGUGAAUUUGUUGUGUUUGUGUUCAGCUGCGUGCAAAGUCCUUGUGAUUCAAACAUGUCUGUCAGACUGGGCUUUUCUCAUGACUGUGGUGGACUACAAGUGCUUGUCUGUCUGUCUCAAAUAGAAUAGAAUUUGUGUGGGAGGUACUUCACCCAGCUGUCUAGGAAACUGAGCACUGCUUUGAAACCGUAAAAGGGAGGCUUUGGCUACAAAGAGCCAAAAGAAAAAUUGAUUCUAAUUUUUAAAAGCAGGUAUGAGUUAAGUGUCUGGUGUGAUAAAGUGCUCAUGUUAUAGCUUGAGAGUGUAAUGUAAUAGCUUUUAAUCCAGAGAACACUCGUUCACGUGCUUGGAUCUUGAAGCCCAUUUUCACGAACUUCAGUCAGACCAUUUGUAUCUAUAAGAUUAGAAACUUGCAUAUUUCUAGCAUUAGAAAUCAUAGGAACUUCAAUCCUACAUAACCAACCAGUGCAUUGAACAUGAUAGUUUUGUUUUGUUUUGUUUAAUUUCCCUGAUAAAAACCAAGUAAACUGAAAAUCAGUAAUUUCUUCUUCUUGCGUUUGUUGUGUCACAUAUUUUGGAAUCGAGGUACUGUUGAGUGAAAUAGAAAUUACUCAACAUAUGCAUGACCUGAUAACAUUGAGCUGACAAAGCAUGCAAGCCUGAAAGAUCAUUUUUUCUUGCUUCAAAAGCAUAUAGUCUUUAAGUCCUGAAAGUGUCUCUACGUAAGCUGAUGUCUAUGCGUAGUAAACAAGCAAACUGAUAAUUCUUAAUAAAACCAAAAUCAUAGUCCAGAGA